AUGAAGGGCUCCCCUGCCUUUCCUCUGGCUGGCUGUCCCUUCCCUCUGCUCCUCCUGGUGUCUGUGGGAGUCUCGGAAGAAGUGUCUUGGUUCUAUGUGAAGGGACCAGCUGAGCCCAUCGCCGUCCUGCUGGGGACUGAUGCCACCCUGCCCUGCCAGCUGUUUCCUGAACAGAGUGCAGCUCACAUGGGCAUCCGAUGGUACCGUGCCCAGCCCACCCCUGCUGUGCUGCUGUUCCACAGUGGACAGGAGCAGGGAGAGGUGCAGAUGCCGGAGUACUGGGGCAGGACCCAGCUGGUGAGACAUGCGAUCGGCACAGGAAGUGUGGCUCUGCAGAUACAGCAGGUCCAGGCCUCUGACGAUGGCCUGUACCACUGUCAGUUUACAGACGGCUUCACCUCCCGGGAGGUCUCCAUGGAGCUUCGAGUCAUAGGUUUGGGCUCUGCCCCUCUUGUUCGCAUGACAGGACCCGAGAAUGGUGGGAUCCGAGUGUUGUGCUCCUCAAGUGGCUGGUUCCCAAAACCCAAAGUGCAGUGGAGAGACACCGUCAGGGACACUCUACUGUCCUCCUCUGAGUCACAGACCCAAGACAGAGACGGGCUCUUCCAGGUGGAAGCGUCUCUUUUGGUCACAGAUAGAGCUAUCGGCAAUGUGGUCUGCUCCAUCCAAAAUCCCAUCUAUGGCCAGGAGAAAUCGAAGGCCAUCCUCCUCCCAGAGCCCUUCUUCCCCACGACGUCUCCAUGGAAAGUAGCGCUGGCUUGUUCUCUCCCCAUACUAUUGGUCCUCCUUGGUGGGAUCAGCCUCGCUACCUGGAAAGAACAUCAAGUCAAAAGGAGAGAAAUGAAGAAAUGGUCAAAAGAACAUGACGAAAUGCUUCAGAUGAAGAAGGAGACAAAAACGGCACUGAAGAUCAGAGACGACCUCCAGGCCGACCUAGAUCGGAGGAAGGCGCUGUACAAAGAAGACUGGAAGAAGGCCUUGCUGUACCCCGACUGGAGGAAGGAACUGUUCCAGCUGGCUCCUGUGAUGAUAAAUCAGGAAAUGCUUGACCAGGACAAGUCAAAGACAGAGGAGAACAGAGGUGAGGAGACAGCAGAUCCAUCUGCCGGAGACUCACAAGUAGCCCACAACGUCAUCACGCUCUCCCAGGAAGGCUUCAUGUUGGGGAGAUACUACUGGGAGGUGGAUGUGGAGGAUGCCGAGGAGUGGACGCUAGGAGUUUAUGAGCUGUACGCUCAGGAUGCAUCACCCACAGACUCCUCGAGGAACUUCAGAGUCCUGGAAAAGAAGGGAGAUGGAUACAGGGCUCUUGCCUUCUGUUCCCAAGACAUUUCUUUGGAAGAACCUCUGCCACUGAAGACACAUCCGCUGAAGAUCGCCAUCUUCUUGGAUCAGGAGGACAAUGACCUCUCUUUCUACAACAUGACUGACGAGACACACAUCUUUUCCUUUGCCCAGGUCAUUUUCUUGGGAUCAAUCUAUCCUUACUUCAAGCGUAACUCCAUGGAGUUCUCUGUGAUAGCACAGCCCUAAGUGAUGUGCACAGGAACACAUCUGUGUGGAUGGGCGGAUGCUGCAGCGUGCCUUCUGUAAGGUCCUCCUGGGCAGGCACAGGGACCUCUGACCGUGAGGCCUCUUAACCUGAGACUCCAUGAGCCUCUGGGAUCAGAUCCUGGACAAGA